UCGUACGGCAAAUUACCCCUUGCGAGUUCCAAUUUCGUGCUCAGCCGUUUGCAACCUCACUGAUGGCGCGAACGCCGGCUGAGGCUUACAGCUCCACCGUCGCCGUCCAGGCCACAAACGACGAUGCGGCCGCCAGCAAAUUGUCAUGCGUUAAAAAGGGAUACAUGAAGGAUGAGUAUGUUCAUUUUUUCGUGAGAAGGCCCGUUAGGAGAUCACCAAUAAUAAAUCGUGGUUAUUUUGCACGUUGGGCUGUUCUUCGGAAACUUCUUCUACAGUUUUUAGAGCCCAAGGAUGAUUCAAGCGAAAGAAAUGUCAUGAAGAAACAAAUUUUGUCUCUUGGAGCUGGCUUUGAUACAACUUAUUUCCAAUUAGUGGAAGAGGGAAUCGCACCGCAUCUAUAUGUGGAGCUGGAUUUUAAGGAGGUGACCAGCAAGAAGGCAGCCCUCAUAGACCACCAUAAUCAGUUGAAGGAUAAGGUUGGAAGUGAAGCUUAUAUUUGUAAAGAGAGAGGUGAAGUUUUAAGUGAUCAUUAUAAACUUCUACCUAUUGAUUUACGUGAUAUAAACCAAUUGGAUACUAUGAUGGAGCUUGCUCAAUUGGAUUGUAGCUUGCCAACGUUUAUAAUUGCAGAGUGCGUUUUGAUAUACUUGGAUCCAGAUUCAACUUGUUCCAUUGUUAGAUGGGCUUCAAAAACAUUCUCAACUGCAAUAUUUUUUGCAUAUGAGCAAAUCCAUCCUGACGAUGCAUUCGGUGAGCAAAUGAUGAAAAAUCUCGAGAGUCGAGGAUGCCCUCUAUUAGGUAUAUAUGCAACACCAACUUUAAUUACCAAGGAGAAACUCUUUCUUGAUCAGGGAUGGCAGAGGGCUGUUGCCUGGGAUAUGCUGAGGAUAUAUAAUGAGUUCAUUGAAGCUCAAGAAAAACGCAGGAUUGAGCGGCUUGAGUUGUUUGAUGAGUUUGAAGAAUGGUAUAUGAUGCAGGAACACUACUGUGUUGCCUAUGCAAUCAAUGAUGCCUAUGGCUUGUUCACCGAUUUUGGAUUCUCCAAGAUUUAGCGUAUGAUUAAGCCUUCUCAAGAACAAUACAAGCGAAGCGAACUUUUGAAUUGCCUAAAGUUGCUCAUCAAACUCUCAGGCUUCUACUCUUUUGGAAUUCUCAUGGAACUCAAAUUUUGUUCAUUAAUUUGUGCUGUUUUACUGGUAAAAAUAUUGCACUUGUUUGCUGCUGUUAUAUUCAAGAGGCUUUGAGCCGUUGGGGCUACUCAACUUAUCAUAUUAGUAUUUUCUCUAUCCGAAAAGACAGUUGGUCUCCAUUCUGUAUUAAAUGUUUUUUUCCUAUCCAAAAGACCUGUAUUGAUUGUUGCCAUCUGUUGAGUAAACACUAUUUCACGCAAGGAGUUUCUUAUCA